AUGAAGCCCGUUACUCCAGUACGGGCAGUUCGCUAAACGGUAAAUGAAGCUUGGUCACUCGUACCUUCCGUAGUUGGGCCACAGGUUUUCCUGUGUCGAUCUUCUCUGUGACCACCAGGGAAACGCUGUGAAGGAGAAAUGAUGUGGCCUUCAGCUCUGUCUCAUGGUUUCCAAAUGUUAAUGGACCAAUGGACAAUGAUAUUUGGUACUUGCAUGGCGAAAAGAUGCAUGACUGCCCACACAUGGGGGCUGCUGAACUCAGAUUUUGAGAUGACGGUUUUUUUAUUCUUUCCUAGUAAUGAAGGUCCCCAUCAUAGAGGCUCAAGAUUCACCUUUGAUGGACCAGAUAUACCUGUGGAGCAGCAACAGAGUUGCUUGGGGAGUGUAGUACCCCAGUCUUGGGGCAAGACAUCUACAGGUUCUGUAUGUAUACCUUGAAGACAUGGUUGAAAGUGAGCAUUUUGCAUCUGGAACUGAACACCUGGAAAGAAAUGCUUCAAGACAUGUCUUGAAAGCAUGUCUCCAGACAGCAGUAUAAACCUUUGUGAUAUUUUGUUUGUUUACCAAAGUAGUCAAUAAAAGGUAAAACGUGUCAGAUGUCUUUCAUUUAACUGCACUAACACAUUGGGGACUUCAGUAGUUGAAGUCCAAAGACUGCUUAUUUGAAUUGCCCUCCCCCCCGAAAAUGUCAUAAUACUUUGGUUGUAUAGCUAGAACAUUGACUGAUAUUUUUUUUCUUUACACCCAGAAAGAGUCAUAUGUUUAAACUUCCUCAUCCAUCCAUCGUCAACCGCUUAUCCUGCGUACAGGGUCGCAGGGGGCUGGAGCCAAUCCCAGCUGACAUCGGGCGAAUGGCAGGGUACACCCUGGACAGGUCGCCAGUCCAUCACAGGCCACACAUGGAUGGACAACCACUCACACUCAUAUCCACACCUAAGGUGGUGACACCAAUUAACCUAGCCUGCAUGUCUUUGGAUGGUGGGAGGAAGCCAUUGCACCCGGAGAGAACCCACGCGGACAAGAACUCUGGACUUAGUUUCACAUUUGAGGGAGGGCUGUCUGUAUUAUAUAAGGAUCUAUCAGCAUACAACAAACUAAUAGAAUGGAGAGUUAUUAGAUGAGGAGCCGACCAUAAAAACUAUCAAGUUACUCUUUAAGGCGCUUUUUCAUGGAGUGGUCAAUUUUGAGACUUUGGUCUAUUUUGUCUUCUUUUACUCUAAUGGAAAUAAAACUUCAAAAAUACACAUUUAGAUGGUGUGGGUUUAAAGCCUAAUAACCUCGGUCUAUUUGCAUCUGUAGAUUUAUUCUAUAUUAACAUAUUUACAAAGCACAUUUCAGAGGAAAAUAGCCAACUCUUGAUGUAAGUCAUUAACUGGGGAAGUUCUUUGGUGUUAUGCUUUAGUUAUUUUCUUUAUCCCAUUCACCUGCAGUGACUUGUCAAAUGUGUGCAAAUUGGCGUAUUUUCAUUAGUUAACGCAUUAGUUAACGUCAGUUUGGCGAUUGUGAUGAAAAUGUUAGUGUUCACCUGUAGUGUCUCCAUCAGUACAUCAGGUUGUAUGGCCAUGAGACAUAGGCCUAGGCCUAUAUUGUCUUCUGUUUAAUUAGCGGUAAACUCGAGGCACUGGUAGUUUAGUAUUUUGUUCAUCACCACUCACCUCCACACAAGCAAAGAAAGACACUGCUGGGAGAGAAGCUGGAGGGGCUGCUGUCUGUCUCUGUGCUGCGAGAUGCGGAGGGAGAGAGAGAGAAUCGGAACUCCAAAGUCUCAUCUUCCGACCUGAUAGCCUAUUUAGAUUUUUUUCCCAAUAAAUAUAUUUGUUUGACAGGGAAUCUGUUGCAAACAGAAAUAAAUAUACUGUAGCCUAUAUUCAUUUAUUAAAAUCCCAGAAAAAAGGGCAAUUUCUCUUGAAGAAGAAAAAGGGCAGGUGCUGAAGCCCCUUUUGAUGUCUAUGUGUGCACGUGCCUGGUCAGGGUGGGAUGUUUUCUCCCCACAGGGUGAAAAGGACAGGAAAGCGCACUGAGAUUUAUGUCGGCGGUAUAAAAACAUCUCCCAGGAGCUCCCGCAUCUUUCCCUUUAAAGGAGCGCAGUGAUGAGUCGCUGGGAAGCAGAGGUUGAGAGCCCAUCGGGAGCUCCGCUGGUUAUUUGUCUAGUUUCAUCUGGCGACAUCAUGAAGAAACUGCUUUUACAUUAAUUAGCGGGUGGUCGCGGCCGGAGGAGGUAUUUUAUUCUGGGGCUGUAACGGAGAUUUUUCUGGCCCAUAUGGAGCUGAAAUCUGAAAUAGCUCAAUUUCUAGGACGGGCGCUUGGUCAUUUUUCACCGGCGAUUGAUUUGUGGUGAAAAAUUGGAUUACGAAACCACACAGUUGCGUUGUUUUAGUCAGAGACAGGCUAAGGGAAAUAUCACGGCAUAUGCCGCGCUUAUUGUACGUGGGUUUUGGUUAUUUGCGACGCAUGGUGUAGAUUUGCUGUAAGGAUGUGAUCAGACAAGAGUCCCUGGUUUCUCGCUCCGCUGUCUCCUAACAGUCGCUCAUGAUGGCCAGGGUUUUGCGGAGACUGGUCCAUUUGGUGCUCUUCUGCCCUCUGUCCAAAGGUCUGCAGGGUCGUCUCCCAGCCAUCAAGGUGAAGUACCUUCUCCUGGCAUGGCUGGGUAUCCUCAUCGCCAGCUGGGUUAUCUACAUGCAGUAUGCCUCUUACUCUGAACUCUGCCGUGGGCAUGUCUGCCAUAUGGUCAUUUGCGAUCAUUAUCGAAGGGGCAUAAUAUCAGGCUCAUCCUGCAAGGCGUUAUGUGAUCAGAGAACACUAACGUUUCAGCGAUGCAUGUCCACCUCCUCUACACAUCAGGUGUACAGUGGACAGUGGAAGGAGAGACCGGUUGUGAUCAAGUGUGGUAUUGAGGAUCCAGUGAAGAUUGAUGGGGCUCCAGACUCUAUACUGCGACAGGAGAUGAGCUUAUUUGACAAACCCACUCGUGGAACAUCUAUGGAUGAAUUUAAAGACAUGCUGCACAGUUUCCUCAAGGCUAACCUUGGUGAGCAGCCAUCUUUGAGCACCUUGGUGGACAGGGUGAUUACCCUGGCUGAUGUCAACCAGGAUGGCAAAGUGUCUCUAGCAGAGGCCAAAUCUAUCUGGGCUCUUCUCCAGAUCAAUGAGUUCCUCCUGAUGGUGGCGCUGCAGGAGAAGGAGCACACCCCCAAGCUGCUAGGCUUCUGUGGAGACCUGUAUGUGACAGAACGCGUGGGCCACAGCUCCCUCUACCGUCUAGAGGUGCCUCAUUACCUGCAGGCCCUGGUCCCAGAGGCCUUGAGCUCCAGCCUGAACCACUGGCUCGCACCAGCCUGGCCCCGCAGGGCUCGCAUCACCAUCGGCCUGCUGGAGUUUGUGGAAGAGGUAUUCCACGGGUCCUAUGGGAGUUUCCUAAUAUGUGAUGCCAGUCCUCGCCAUGUGGGCUACAAUUCAAAGUAUGACUGUAAGAUGGCUAACCUACGCAGUGUGGCAUCUGAGGCAGUUGUGCGGGGAUUUCUGAAGGGGCGGCGAUGUGAGACCAACGCAGACUGUACUUAUGCUCACGACUGCACGGCCACCUGUGAUCGACUAGUGAAGCAGUGUAAUACUGAGGUUGUACAGCCCAACCUAGCAAAGGUGUGUGUUCUGUUGCAGGACUUUCUGCUUUUCGGAGCACCUUCAGACCUCCGCGGGGAUCUGGAAAAGCAGCUGCGCACCUGUGUGACACUCAGCGGCCUGGCAAGCCAGAUGGAGGUGCAUCACUCUCUUGUCCUUAACAACCUGAAGACAUUACUGUGGAAGAAAAUUUCUAACACUCAGUAUUCUUGAAAACAGGUUGAGAUGAUCCAACUUUCCCAUCUACAUAAUGAGUGAAUUAUGAAGCUUUGCCAAAUGUUUUAGAGGGUUGAGGUUAUUAAUGUAUUUUCACUCUACACUGACUGUGUAUAACAGGAAACUGUGAAAUAAUGAAUAUAUAAUAUGAAACAGCAGAUGAUGCAGAAUCUUGUAAAACCCUGUACAAUCCCCAACAUGGUUUUAUUUUUCAAUUCAUUAUUUUGAGAAGCACAUUCAUCUGUUUAGACAUAAGAUUCUCAGGGCACUGCCUAUAACUUUAUUUGUAAAAUAAUCUGUACGUAAAUAAUCCGUUUUUAAAAUAGUUUCAUAGAAUACUCUUUUGUCUGUUACUAGUAGAGACGGAAGUGAAAUUGUGACACGGUGUGAUACUGUUUUUGUACAACUGUAAAUAUUAAUGGAACAUUUUUUGUGUAUAAAUCAAUCUCCAUCUGAAGCAGAUUUAAGAUUCAAAUAAUGGAUGGAUUUAUAUGCAGUAGCACUGAAAUGUCCCUCCUGGUAUUGAUAUAUAUCGAUUAUAUACUCAAAUUGACCUGAACAGACUGGAGUUGUUAAGGACAAUCAGACAUGAUUAAACUUGAAUGAACCUCUUAUCCAUUAA